AAAAAAAUCCAACGUUAAAACCCUAACAAUACCUACUAGAUUUUCUCCUCCAGCUGAGCUGAAUUAAACUCGGAGCAGCAGCAGAAGAAAAAUGGCGUCGCUAGCUUUGUCUGGUACCAGCCUCUUCAAUCCCCAUAAAACCCCUCAUUACACUCCUAAAACCCCAUCGUCAAUCCGAUGUGAUAAAUUGCCGGAAUCGGUGAGGUGCAGGGAAAAUGGGAAACCAGUAACCGUCGGUCGUGAAUAUAACGGUCAAUCGUCUCCGUCGUUUCCCAGCUUCUUGACCACCCCCAAUCGAUUGUUACUCGACAGAUUCUCCGACCCGAAAGCCGACACGCGGCUUCGUAUUUUCUCCGGCACCGCCAAUCCUUCUCUAUCGCAGGAAAUUGCCUGUUAUAUGGGUCUUGAGCUUGGUAAGAUUAAGAUCAAACGCUUUGCUGACGGGGAGAUUUACGUUCAGUUACAGGAGAGUGUUCGUGGAUGUGAUGUGUAUCUUGUGCAGCCCACAUGUCCUCCAGCAAAUGAAAAUCUAAUGGAGCUAUUGAUAAUGAUUGAUGCUUGCCGUCGGGCAUCAGCCAAAAAUAUUACCGCUGUUAUUCCUUAUUUUGGAUAUGCGCGGGCUGACCGAAAGACUCAAGGGCGUGAAUCAAUUGCAGCCAAACUUGUAGCAAAUUUGAUUACCGAAGCAGGUGCAGACAGGGUUCUGGCAUGUGAUCUUCACUCUGGACAGUCCAUGGGAUACUUUGAUAUUCCAGUGGAUCAUGUGCAUGGCCAGCCUGUGAUACUUGAUUAUCUUGCCAGUAAGACAAUAAGUUCCGAUGAUUUGGUUGUGGUCUCACCGGAUGUUGGUGGGGUCGCUAGAGCAAGAGCUUUUGCAAAGAAGCUGUCUGAUGCUCCUCUAGCUAUUGUGGAUAAAAGGCGUCAUGGGCACAAUGUUGCUGAGGUCAUGAAUUUGAUCGGGGAAGUUCGGGGGAAAGUGGCAGUGAUGGUAGAUGACAUGAUCGAUACUGCUGGAACUAUUGCAAAAGGAGCUGCUCUAUUACAUCAAGAAGGGGCUAGGGAGGUUUAUGCUUGCACCACUCAUGCCGUUUUCAGUCCUCCAGCCAUAGAGAGAUUGUCGAGCGGACUAUUUCAAGAGGUUAUCGUAACAAACACCAUUCCAGUAGCGGAGCACAACUAUUUUCCACAGCUCACAAUCUUAUCUGUGGCUAACCUUUUGGGAGAAACUAUAUGGCGUGUGCAUGAUGAUUGUGCUGGUGGUUUUGAACCGUACUCGAGCUUGGGAAUCGACUGAUGAAUUUCUUACCGCUUUCUACGUUCAACUUUGAAGUUGCAGUUUUGCAUUAAUCAAUUAAAAUGGUAGUUGUGUUGUACAAAUUUGUUGACCAAUCUGAUAUUAGUAUUUGUUACAAAUGGAAUUUGUUUGUGUAAAUGUCAAUUCACUGCUUUUUUUUAGCAAUAAUACUUUAAAUUGGUUUUGGUGAAGUUCACUUUCUGAACUGAACCUAUUAUUUUCUUUCUUGAAUUGGUUUAUGUAUUUUUAAAAAAUAUUGGUGAA